AUGUUAACUAUGUAUCAAUGGUUGAUAAUAUCGUUAUUAUUUGUAUUAAUUAAAUUGAAUAAAGUUAGUUCAAUCGAUAAUUUAUGUUAUUAUAUGGUUAAUAAAUCUGAUUAUACUAUUGAUAUAUGUCUGAGUGAUCAAUGUUAUAAAUAUAUUGAUCCAUAUUCAAUUAUGGUUAAACCAAAUAAUUGUAAAACAAAUUUACUUUGUUUAUCAUUUUCAUCAUAUAAAAAUUAUCAUUUAUUUAUUAAUCGAACAAUAUGGAAAUUAGGAGAUUUAUUUCCAUCAAGAUCAAUUAAUCAAAAUCGUAUUUUAAGAAUAUUUAUUCAUUUUAUUGAUUAUGAUGAUCAACCAGUUCAUCAUAAUGAAUUAAUUCGUUUAGGUAAUAAUAUUGAUUUAUAUGAAUUAUUUAUUAAAAAUUUUACGAAUAAUUCUUAUCUUCAUCAAUUAAUACAUUAUGAUCAAAAUUAUCCUCAAUGGUAUAUUAUCAAAGUUCAAUUGUAA